CGGUGGCCGCGUUUGACAGCCAAGCUCUCCCGUGUCACUUAUUAACUUUGUCGGCCGGCUUUUACAACCUUUUGGUGACAUUCUGAAAUAGCAGAAGGAGUUGUAUUCGAGCCCCUAGUUCCUCAUGCGGGAUUAGCUUGACAAUUUUGGAGUUUUGCUUUGGGACAAGUGAAAACUUAUCGGACGGCCAAGGGGGAAGAGUCGCACGCUCCCCUCCAUCCCCGUCGUCGGGUCUCUAAUGGAGUGUUCGCCCCGGCGGAGGCGCGCACGCUGCUCGCGUUCCUACGCCGAGGCCGCCCCCCCCGCCGCCGCCGCCGCUCGUGGAUUUCUCGGACCUGGACACGACGAGGCGACACGCUUAACCUCAUUUGAAUGCCUUUGCAAGGUAUCUGCUGGUUGCUGUGCUGCCGCCAGGGCUUCCGUUUGCUGGGGAGGGACUAUGGGGAGAAAGAGGAGGAAGAGUCUUUCGAGUUGCGCAAUAAGGACGACCUGAGUCCGAAUGGGCAGAGUCCAGCCGAGGUGAUUCACGUUUCUCAACCGACUUGUACCGCCAACGGGACAAAUGGAGUGGCUGUGUCAGACGCGGCGGAUGAGCUGAAGAGCCUUAUCUUGGAGAAGAACAAGAUGGCCCUGGAAGAAGAACCUGAAAUUCUGGUCAAAGGCUGGCUGCUGCGCGAGGUACGAGGCAACUGGAUCAAGCAGCGGCGUUUCUGGUUUGUGCUGAGCCAGGACUCGCUGGACUACUACAGCAGCCCGGAAAAGGGAGGCCGGCGACUGGGGACGCUGGUGCUCACCAGCCUCUGCUCGGUCAUCUGGCCAGACAAGCAGACCUUCAAGGAGACCGGUUACUGGGGCAUCACGGUGUACGGGCGCAAGCACUGCUACAGGCUGUACACCAAGCACUUCAACGAGGCCGUGCACUGGGCCUGCGCCAUCCAGAAAAUCAUCGACACCAAAGCGCCCGUCGAAACGCCCACGCAGCUCCUGAUCAAAGACAUCGAGGAGAACAAGUUCAACCCCGAGGCGGUGGAGCACAUCUACCAGCACAACCCCAUCCUCAAGUACACCCAGGGCCCGCUCUACGCCCCGCUGCUGCCCUUCCCCUACGGCAGCCUCGAGCACACAUACCACCACGGCAAGGGCUACGGCUCGUUGUGCGAGGAGGCCGUCAAGCUCUUCAACAGCCUGCAGCAGCUGGAGUCUGUCCACGACGUGGUGCCCAUCAUCCAGGGCGUGCUCCAGACCUGCCUGGACCUGCGGCCCCUGCGCGACGAGGUCUACUGCCAGCUCGUAAAGCAGACCAGCCACACGCCCGUCCCCUACACCGUUGCCCACCUGCGCUACUGGCAGCUGCUCACCUGCAUGAGUUGCACCUUCCUCCCCGGAGCCGCCGUCCUCAAGUACCUGCGCUUCCACCUCAAAAGGAUCCAGAACCAGAGUCCUGAAUCGGAGAUGGACAACUACGCGUCCUUCAUCAGCGAGGCUCUGGAGAAGACCAAGUGCCGCGAGUGCGUGCCGUCCUGGGAGGAGAUCCAGAUGCUGAUGAGCCGGCAGGAGAUGCUGUGCACGGUGCACUACCCCGGAUCCGGGUGUUGCCAGCUUUACAUCAGCUCACACACCACCGCCAAUGAGGUGGUGCAGAGGAUGCAGCAGCGGUUAGGCCUGAAGGACAGCAAGAACACGUUCGCGCUGUACGAGCAGAACGCGCUGUGGGAGCAGCCGGUGACGGGCGGCGCGCUCAUCGCAGACAUCCUCACCAGCUCCAGCAAAGAGUGCGAGUCCAAAGGCCAGCGCAAGUUGUGCUUCAAGCUCUACUGCCUGCUGGACGCAGACAGCAUUUCAGCGGACAGCAUCGAGUACCUCUUCCUCUUCGAACAGUGCCACGAGAUGGUGAUACGCGGCCAGCUCCCCGCCCGCGAGGACGACCUCCAGACGUUGGCGGCGCUCUGGCUUCAGGCCGUCAUGGGGGACUUCAGCACGCACGCGCCCUGCCCCCCCCUGGACGAACUCUUCCCCAGCCACGUGCUGGAAGCCCGCGUGCUCGUGGGCCAGGCGCCGGCGGGCUGCCCCGUGGCGCAGCGCUUCCCCACGGGCCUCCUGGCGGGGGCGCUGUGGAGCCACGCGGCGGCGGCGGCGCACAAGCAGAAGGCGGAGAAGGACCUGCGGCUGCGCAGCCGCGUGAAGGAGGAGGCGGCGGCCGUCAUGGCGGCCAUCUUGGAGCGCUGGAGGGGCCUGGCGGGCUCCAACUGUAGAGACAGCAUGGCCGCCUACCUGGCCAUAGCGCGCCAGUGGUCGGGCUUCGGGUGCACGCUGUACGAAGUCGACUUCUACAUUAGUUCGACGGAGAGCUUUUCCCAGAAGUUGUGGUUGGGCGUAGCGGCCGGCAGCGUGUCUCUGUAUCGCCAAGGGGAGGCCGAGGCCCUCGAGUCCUUCCCUUACGGACAAAUCUGCUCGUACGGCGUCUCCGACAGCAACACCUUCAAGAUCAACGCCGGCGGCCGCGACAUGCUCUUCGAAACCGACAAGCUGAGCGAGAUCACGCAGCUGAUGAACGCGUACUUCAACGCCACCCGCCUGCAGCGAGGCAAGAGCGACGCCGUCAAAAUCCACGACGGCACGCCGGUGGGCUUCCGCCACCCCCCGGCCCUCCUGGAGCUGCCCUCGCACCCCGUCUGAGUUCUCGAACACGAACCCUCAGAGGUGGACCACGAAAGAACUUCCACAUGUGCUUUCUGCCUUUCGCCUACUUGGCUGGACUUUCCUCGAAGGCGACUGUCGUCGUCGUCCCCCCCCCCCAAAAAAAAUUCCCGUGAACGUCGUCAUGGACCUUUCACGAGGUCCCGGAUCAGGCUUCCGUUACUGCACAAGUGCCGAUCCGGCCAACCAUCUGAACUUGGAACUGGAAACAGAUGUCGCGCAAGUCACGAUGGUUGCGUGCGGAACUCUUGACGGGAGGUUCGCCAUCGCCGCUUCUUCUUCUUCUGCUGCGGUUUUGGCGCUCGCUCGUUCUGCCUUGACUGACGUCGUCACGACGCAGCUCAACUCUGUUAACGUCGAUAAUUUGAUUCUGGAUGUCCCACGUUACGGGCCAUCGCUCGUACGUUUUUACUUUUUUUUUUUUUUUUUUCCCCUUCGGACAAAUUGCGUCCCACUGAUAAUUGAGCCGAUGAGAACUUGAGUGGACUAACUCCAAAUUUUGUCAUCUUACCUGGAAGCCAUUCAAACUUUUACGACAAAGCGAUGAUCAGGGUUUUUUUUUUUUUUUCAGUAAUUGUAUUCGUUUCUUUAAUUAACGUAAUUUCCGGACUAUAGCGCGCACCUGAUUUAAGCCUUACCGAGUACAUUUUUAAAGGAAAAAGCAUUUUGUAUAUACACAAGCCGCAUCUGCCCACUUUCAAACAGGAGAUAUUUACAAAGAAACACAAUACACAGAAAGAGUUUUCAAAAGUUUUGAUAACAUACCUUUGCUUUCCAGACGGUGCCUGUGACACUGCAGUAACACGCUAGCACGGUGCUAACAGGGCCGGUUAAAAAAGACAUACCGGUAAAAGUCACUGAGAUGUGGCAGCAACACGCUGACACAGUGCUAACGCUAGCACAGGGCUAACAGGGCUAGUUAAAAAAAAAAAAAAAAACAUACCGGUAAGUCACUGAAAUGCGUAACAGCAGCAACAUGCUAGCAUAGCGCUAUCGCUAGCACAGCGCUAACAGGGCCGGUUAAAAAACACAUACUGGUAAAAGUCACUGAGACGCAGCAGCCACACAGUGCUAAUGCUAGCACAGCACUAACAAGUCCGGUUAAAAAAAAAAAAAACAUACCGGUAAAAAUCACUGGGAUGCAGUAGCAACAAUACCAUCUAGCAACAACACGCUAGCACAGCGCUAACCCUAGCACAGCGCUAGCAGAGCCGGUUUAAAAAAAACAUACUGGUAAAAGUCACUUCCUCAGCACAUAUAUUCCACCGGUCUCACUCUUACCUUUUCCGCUCGAGUUCCCCCUUGUAGCCGUUAGCAAAAAUGCACAAAUUAGCCGCAUCACCGUAUAAGUUGCACGGUUAAAAGCGUGUGAAAAAAGCCGCGGCUAAUAGUCCGGAAAUUACGGUAAAUUAAAAACAAAAAGGAUUAAAAAAAAAAAGCCUACUCUAGUUCUCGGUGGCUCGAGUUUAUAUGAUUACUUUUGCAAAGAAGUCGGACAACUCAACAUGGUGACAAGGCGGCUCGGCGGGGUUUCUGGUCCUGAAGGUCGAUUCUCAAAACCUCCACGGGUGCAAAUGAUUUCGAUAACAGACGCGUACGGAAAUAAAACGACACGGCCUCGGUCAUGGAGCAAAUUCAAGAUCAAGGAAGGAGGCUCAGCUGGUAAAGCGUUGGCCUCACAGUUCUGAGGUGCCGGGUUCAGGUUUUCUCUCUGGACUCCGGUUUCCUCCCACAUCCCCAAAACAUGCAACAUUAAUUGGACACUCUAAAUUGCCCCUAGGUGUGAUUGUCUCCACGUGCACUGCGAUUUUCUGGCAACCACUUCAGGGUGUACCCCGCCUCCUGCCAGUUGACAGCUGUGAUAGGCUCCAGCGCUCCCCGCGACGCUCGUGAGGAUAAGCGGCAAAGAUGGAUGAAGGUGCCUCAUUUCAGUUUCCCCAGAUCCGCCAUGACAGGUCCACUUGCACAGUCCCACCGUGACCUUCUCCCUUCACAAAGAUCAUUUUGCUCCAUAUUGAUCGGUUAACGAUGUUUCAUAAUUGUCGACGAUUGCACUGAAUGCAUCAUAACGAGAGCCGUCGCCCCUCGCAAUUGAGCAUUUUUCAUUUUCAUACAGAAUCACGCGGGUGUUCCUGACGAAGCGAGUUCUGAAUCAGGCCCAGGAUGCUUUUGUAGUCGUUGAAACUUUUUAUUUUUGUACAACGUCUUAAGCACCAGGGCCCCCCCCCCCCCGUUAGCGUUGCGUUUGAGCGACGGCACCUCAGGUCUGACGUCCGCUUCUCAGGUUGUGUGGAAAUCGACUUUUAGGGCAUAUUUAUUCACUUGUGCUCAUAAGUUUUUGUUCUCUGGCGGAAUUUACGUGUGGCGCUAACGCUCGCGCUAAUGCUAACACUAGCGCCCCACAUAAGUUUACGUUCUCAGGCGGGAUUUACGUGUUCCAUUUUUUUAAACAAAACAUGAGCGAAAAGGCAAAACAUUUUUCUUGCAUUCCUGGGAAACAAAACAAAAAAAAUUUGCUUGUGCGUUGAAGUGCUUUUUUUUUUUUUUUUUAACCUUCAAGGUAUUCAAAGCGCGUUGACUGUCAUUCAUCUACUGAUGAUGAAAGUGGGGCUUUAG